AUGGCUGGCAUCGAGGAUACUGAACUUGAUGGUUCCCACCACGUCAGUUCAGACAGACUCUUACAGACGGCGAAGUUCUUAGCAGAUGCCAAAUCCAGUUUACUGGAAGACCUGAAUGUGGAUAACAUUAGAGUAUCAAAUGCAUAUAACAAUGGCUCGGCCAACAUCGGUGAUCAGCAGGGAGAAAGACCUCUCAGGACUAUAUCCAAGGGUAGCAAAGUACGGGCAGACAGGGUUCGCUCUUACAUGCAUUUUUUCUAUCAUUUGAUAGAGGAGGAAGUGGCCAGCGGGCAAAGCAAUUCGGCUCAUGAAGGGGUCGAGGGAACAUACAACCCACUGCAGGUAAUACGGAACCGGAAAGCCAAGAAAAAACUUCAUCAACAGCUUCGCAACGAUAUAUCGUUCAUGAAACCGCCUAUUCUAGCGAUCCGAGACUUCUCGAAGUCGCAAGACCGAGACUUCCCCUGGUUUGUGGACGUUAGUGAACGAUCUGGUGACUUAGCUUGGCGAAUUUCAAAUUGGGACCAGCUACGCCGACCCGACGGGAAACGUUGGUUUGUUAAAGAACACAAAUCAAGGUCGCACUCAGCGACACUCUCAUCGCGUUCCUAUCCCAGUCAAUUUUACAGGAAUAACCGCAUUUCGAACCAUUCCAGGGCAUCUUCGUUAGUUCUGCCAGGCAAGUCAUCGUCUAAUUGGGAAUUGCCGUUGAUUGCUGUGGAGAGUGUUGACCAGGAUGCUGAAGAAAGCUUCCCUUCAUCUGAAAAUAAAUACGAAAAGAUGCGGGGCAAGACUAAGAGACUUUCGAGAUCAACAUUGCAUAGCAGAUCCAACAGCCAGCAGCAGAUUAACCUCGACAUCAAUGGUGCUUCCAAAUCUGCCGGCCACAAUCAAGUGCCAUACAGUACCCCUACGGAACCUACGACUAAUCAUGGAAAUGCCUCAGAAGUCCACAUUAAGAGUGUCAGAAACCGGUUUCCAGAGCAUAGAAGCAUUUCUGGAGAUUCGAACAAAGCAUCCUACGAAUUCUUAGAGCUGCAGGAGCCUCUUCAGCAUGAUCAGAAGGCGACCAUUCUACAGGCAGAGUACAACGAGCUUAAGUAUCUGCGAUGCACAUGGCAAGUAAUGAAGAAUCGCCAAGGAACUUUGAAUAUAUUGGAAACAAAAAAUGCCGAGAAAGCCAGUAAAACUGUGUUUGAAGACCCAGCUCAGUUUUGCAAAUCCGCAGAAAAAGUCAUAAACGAUUACCGCGACGAACUCACACAGGCUCUGAAAACAUGCGACAUUUGGAAAUCAAAAUUGCUCAACGACUACGCCAUACGUGUGGAAAAUUUAAUCUCAUCUAGCGAUCGAGUUCUCAGCGAUAUUAAUACCACACUGACGCUGCGGCUCAAGCUGCUACAGGAGAAAAUAGAUAAAUUCGGCACUUUGAACCGAAUGAACAAAGAGCCACUCAAAAUGUUUUUAUAUCGCGUGUUGGAAGUCUUCAUUGUGAUCCUAUUCUGGGGAAUCUGGUUUGUGUUCACCAUAAUGAAAAGUGCUAAAAUCAUGAUAUUGACAUUACUUAAGGUCAUUAGAUUGGCCGUGUGGUGA